UUUGAGAGAAAUAUUUUUGUUCCUUCAUCCCAUGCUUAACGAAAUCUGUUCUUGAUCGAUGACAGAAGAUCAAAGAUCGAUGCCAACACGAUAGAUGUUCACACUUGUGUAGUAAAUUGCAACUUUCCUGCUCCCUCCUAAUGGAUUUCAAAGAUAUCUGACCCAAAUUCAAUUACCAUCGUUCAGCAGCCUCGCGACAACCAGAGAUGAACGAAUCAUGAGAAGAUACGAUUGUCAUCAACCACGUCGAUUGCUCUUCGACGUUCUGUUUAGGUUUGUCCUUGUUGGCACCCUUUUCAUCUUCAUAAAAAUUCAGACGGUGCUGACUAGUUUUGACGGCGGGAUCAUGUUUUCGGCAACCAGUAGCACGCGCUCGGUGGUUUCAAUUUCGAAGAAGGCAGCAAGCUUCGGCGUUGCUAGACGAGGAACAAAAGGAAUCCUGGAAAGAUUCCCAUUUGCAUGGCCCCCGGUCGUUUUCGCAUCGACAUUGCCCCAAGCUGCAACAUCUUUUGGUGUUCGCCGAUUCCAUUUUGGUGCGAAAGGGUCCCUUYCAUCGUCGGUAUCGAGGCUAUUGGACGCGGAACUUUCCCGUGGAGGCUCGCAGGAGCACUUUGGGCAGCAGCGAAGGAAAGGCAGUGGUGCGCAACCGACGGGCGACGGCCAAAACACUAGCAGCAGCGAUGGGGAGCAGCACGGGGGGSUCAAUCCUUUUUCAUCUCUGCUCCGGACGCAUUCCAGGGUUUCYAAGGCUGUGCGCCAGGGAGCCGGUGCCGUCUUCUCCCUUGCGGGAUUCAUCGGAUCCAGCGUCGUCACGCUGACCACCGACCGGCGAUCGUUCAGGGAUCGAUUCGUGGAACCCGUUCGAGCCCUGAAAAACUACUUGAAAACAUCGGGGUGAGUGAGCGAGCUGCGUGUAUCGAUGUCAUCGUAUGGCAUAAAUUCUUUUGGUUUUGUGGAAUUCUUGCUGAACGAUUUCUUUGCUUCUCGUGCGUUCACUAUAUCAUUUUGUGAUUGUGCGAACAUUAGUGUGGACAAUGAACUAGCGAAAAGCUAUAAUCGCCGAUUGGGGGUUAAUUUAUGUUUGUUGGCACGAGUUCACAUGCACCAAGGAGCCGAGGAACGGCUGUUGAGACGUGUCCACUUGUACCGCGGGGCCGAAGAACAAACGGAGACGAAAACGAAGAAGCAUAGAUUGCUUCUGGGUGCCAGCAGUUUUAUUUCUUCCGAGUUUUCGUCAUCGCUGUCACCACCGCCGUGUUCCAAAAUAAAACGCUCUCUUUUGGAAGAAGCACGACGAUACAUGAAAUACGCCACGGCCGUUUACGGGCAGGCCAUGAUCAAUGCAGCCCAAGUGGACGCUGGAGGACGCCUCGAUGGAAAGGUUGGUCGGGUAACAAAAGAGACAAUCAGUGCCCACAUUCAAGUUCCGGAGGACGAUAUCGUAUUGCUGGAUGUUUCAAAUCUAAAGGGAAGUUCCAAUCACUUGAGACACAUGGUAGUAGUAGAUCACGAGCACGAAAAAGUAGUUCUGAGCAUCCGGGGGACCUUCAGUCUCGAAGAGAUCAUAAUGGAUGUGGCGGCCUUUAGCCGGGAAUUUUGCGGGGGCGAAGCRCACUCGGAAAUGGCAAACAUGGCGGAACGUGUUUGGACGGUGGCCGGACCCAAGAUCAAAGAGGUUCUCAGUGAAAACCCUGGCUACGAAUUCAUUUUAACGGGUCAUUCUCUCGGUGCCGGCGCUGCUUGCUUGCUUUCGAUACUCGUCCAGAACAAGAAAUUCCUUCCCAGGGAGCAAGGGAUUCGKUGCUUUGCUUUUGCGUCCCCGCCUGUCUAUACGCCUCUGGAAUUCGUUCCCAAAACGGUUCGGUCUACCACMAAUUUCGUUCACGAGAACGACGUCGUCCCGUUUCUGUCCAUCCAGAAAGUGCGCAAGCUGCUGAGCAGCCUCCAGGCGGUGGACCAGUACGCCCGCGACCACAUGUCCGGCAAACAAAUCACGAGCUUGAUCCUUGGGGCAUCGCCGCCACCCAAGGACCUGAUUGCGUCGGUGCUGGAAGCGGAGGGCUCCCGCCUGGUUCCGAAGAAGGGCGCCCCGACGCUGUACAUCCCCGCGGAAACCGUUGUCCUCCUGAAGGAGAACCUCGACGAAAAGGGCGAACACUCCGACGGAAGCUACCGGUACGAGCUGACGAACGCCAGAGAGCUGUCGCAGCGAGAAAUACGUGUCUAUCCGGACAUGUUCGUCGACCACUUUCCGUCCCGCUACGAACACGUAUUCGACCACCUCGAGAAACGCGACGACGACGACGACGACGACGAGUAAACGAAUCUCACGCAAGGGGCCACUGUGUGGUUACAAUAGAUCUAGAAACUCGUUGUCGAAAGGCAGGAACUCCUUUCUUCCUCAGUAUCGAUUUUGAUGUUGUGAAACAAAUAGCUACUUUUAAACUAACAAAGCAGUCGACGCGCA